GCGGAGACGGCACAGACGCACAUGUUCACGGGGGGGACGUUGCAGUUAGGCGUGUUGUGAUCGGGGGGAUAGACGCCGCUGUUCUUUGACCGCAGGGUUUGAAUGAUGACCCCGCGAAGUGGUCAGAUGGUCAGUUUGGCCUUUGGUUGGCUUGGAAACGCCGGGAUUAAAUGGAACCAAGGAAUCGUACUUGCGAUGGGAAGAUUGUGUUUCUGAAAUCGUUAUACACUCGGAGGAACGAAGAAGGACUUGUCUAGUUCGGAGUUUUGAGUGGAUCACGAAAUGACACAAAAACCGGCUUCUUUGAAGAUGUAAUCCAAUAUGGCCGCCCUAUCCGCCAUCGUGAAACAGAGUCCGGUCUUCAAGUACGUUCUUCCGUGUCUGUUCAUCAGUUUGUUUGGCCUCUUGUAUUAUGUUGUGGUGUACACGAAGCUGGACCUCACAAUCCUUGUGCCAUCCAAGUCAUCUUUUGGAAAGCUUCAGUUCAUCACCAAUGGAUUUACAUUCUCCAACCAAUCGUUACAUCUCUACGGAUCUUAUAUAUCGAGAGACGGAAGCGUGGCCUCGCAUAACGAGACGUAUAUCAGUCUAGAUGGUAAUAUGAUUGAAGGUAUUCGAUCUCGGUACAUAACUGCCAAGCAAAUAGAAUUCGAACGCAUGUGUCCUAAAAUUCACGUGACGUCGGUGAGCUGUAGUGCCUUAUUUGACGGCGAUGUUGUUGAGACGGAAAGGGUUAAAGCUGUCAUGGAAAAUCAGACUCGACAGCAGAAGCCAGCUGAGUUGUACAUAGAAUUAACCCAAAACUGUGAUACGUUUAAACGGAAGAGAGGAUACGUUACGAAAACGCUUACGGAGGAAGAGAAGCACUUCCCGUUGGCCUUCACCUUGCUAAUGUUCAAGGACGUGGAGCAAGUUGAUCGUCUCCUACGCGCCGUCUACCGGCCGCAGAAUUAUUACUGUGUUCAUGUGGACAGUAAAGCGGAAGCGAAGGUCAAGGAUGCCAUGCGUGGAAUUGUGGGAUGUUUUAAUAAUGUUUUCUUUUCGUCACGGUUUGUGGAUGUUCAAUGGGGAACAUACUCCGUGCUGGAACCAGAACUUAUAUGCAUGGAGGAAUUAUGGAAAUAUAAAAAGUGGAAAUAUUUUAUUAAUUUAACCGGACAAGAGUUCCCACUGAAGACAAACUUUGAACUCGUCAAAAUAUUGAAGGCGUACAAUGGAGCCAAUGACCUUGAAGGAACUGUUAAAAGAGCUAACACAGGGAGAUUCCAAAAGGCCGGGGACCCCCCUCAUGGCAUCACACCGGUCAAGGGCUCCGUGCACAUCGUGGUCAACAGGGGGUUUGUGGACUACGUUCUGCACAACAAGACGGCCCAGGACUUUCUGUCGUGGGUGAAAAAAGUCGAAGUACCCGACGAGACGUUUUUCACAUCGCUCAAUCACAACGCUCAUCUUCGUGUACCAGGGGCAUAUUUAGGGAACCCAGAAACAGACCGAGUGAUAAAACCAUUCCUUGCACGGUUUAAAAAUUGGGGCAACGAGCCUUUUGAUUGGCCGUGUGAAGGACAACGCGUGCGCCUUAUUUGCAUAUUUGGAAUCGGUGACCUUCCGUUAUUGAGGUCACGGCCAGAGUUGUUUACGAACAAGUUCUACUGGGACUACCAACCCUAUGCCUUAGAUUGCAUGGAGGAGCUUCAUUAUAACAGAACGAGGGACGAGUAUCUAGGACGGCGGUCUUUUGAUGACUCCUACUACAAGACCCUGUCUUUUGUGAAAAACAAAGUACCUCUUUAACUCCAAAAAAACUGUGGCCACGUCGUCUCAGGCGCCGCGAUUCGCUGUGCAGAGUUGCGUCCCUUUGGCACGCCAGAAACCUAUGAUUGUGGGUUCGAAUCCCGGUUCGCCCCGAUUAUGUUUCU